GAUCGCAAGUUUACAAAUGAUGUGUCUUUGCUUCCUGAAAUUUGGUGAACAGGGACACAAUGUACUAUGGCGAUAUAUGAUGACAAUGACCAAAACUGGCUUAAAGUAGCACAGAGUCUCCGUAUUCUGCGAAGGCGUCUUCGACCAUUCGUUGAGAAUGAGACGGAAAUUUACCACAAUUCCCUUCGAACUAAAAUACGCAACACGUCCAGCGGGACGACCUGUCAAACCAAAUGUAACAUAAAGAAAUGGAACCCAAUUCCGAAAAAGCUUCCUUUGAUGUGUGUGGCAUGUGUUCCAUGGAGAGAUGAGAUUCUGGCCAAUCACAGUGCAAAGGAGGGACCGAUACACUGGAAUAAUUGUACACCACACCUUUGGCCAUCUAAGAAGUGGGAGGUAGCUAAGGCUUACAUGCCUCGGGGACUGAAGAGGAAAUGCAACUUUGACGACUUUGACAUUUCUGCACUUCUCAAUUUAAUGACCUGCUGCAAAUAUUUCAGACGAUUUAUACAGGAACACAAGCUCAAUCAGGUCAUUGAGGUGAGGAACUCAGUGAUGCAUUGUCCUGAUAUGACCUUUAGUAAGGAGGAAAAGGAAGGUCAUCUGGACAAGAUCAGAGACCUUGGACAGGCCUUAGCACAACAUGCACCAGACCUGAUGAAACUUUCUGAAGAGAUUGAAAUGACGCCACUGUACCUCAUCAUGGUGGCUCAGGGUCCUAGACUGGAAGCAGCUUUUGUCCCUCGUAUUGAUGAUGUGUCGACAGUGGGAACAACAUUCUGGACACUGAAAGAAAGGACAGAGUUCUUGCUCCAAUGUUAUGAUGAGGGUCAGCUGGAUGGCCUCAAAGAGGCUGUACGGGGGACGAUAAACUGUUUGGAGCGUAAUAAAUAUUAUGGGUUUGAUCUGUCCAAGGAGGAGGAAAUACUGCUAUGGAUGGAGGAGCAACUGAUACAGCAAGAGAAAAGUGCCAAAGCACAGCAAGCAGCAAGAAGACUGUUUCUCUCAUAUGGGCUUAUUUUUGCAGUGUCUCUCCUCUGGCCACGUUUGUUGAGCCUCUUAGCACAUAGUGCUUGAGUCAAUGACACCAGCACCAAUUGAACAUGCACACAAAUACAUAUAUUUACAUCUUCCUUUGUAAAUAUUUAA